AUGGGAAAGAAUCAGAAAGAGGAACAAGCAAAAUCAAAGUUUGGACAAUCCGAGAAACUGAACAUGUCAACAAAAAUAAUGAGUGGUUUAGUGCAACUGGCAUUAACAGGUGUAGCGGUUUUAAUUGUCUUUAAGACAGUUCAAGAUGCCGGAAUAGUUUUAUAUACAUUCCAUCCAACACUUAUGGCAAUUGGUUACUUAAUCUUAAUGGCUCAAGGAAUACUUGGAAUGUCAAACAGAAGCAUAUGCAGUGAAUCAAUCAGCCAUAAUAGACGACUAAAACUUCACUGGAUCACACAAACAAUCGCUGUCAUUCUUAUAACAAUCGCACAGACCAGCAUUUUUGUAAAUAAGAAUAUUAAUGGAUAUCCACAUUAUCAAUCCAUUCAUAGCAUCUGUGGACUUGUUACCUAUCUUAUGACCUUAUGUGGAACUGUCGGCGGCAUCUGCAACAAUUACAGUACAUCGUUGAAAAAAUUCAUGAAACCCGUUCAACUAAAAGUCGGACAUGGAUUCGCUGGUAGUUUAGUUUAUGUCCUCGCGUCUGCAACAAUUUGCGUUGGCAUAAAUCAAGUAUGGGGAGAUGAAGAAGAUGCCCAAAUUAAAUUAGCAUCUAUUGCUGUUAUCUUGAUUAGCGCACUUUAUGUUGUAUCAGCAAGUAUUAAAACAGCAUUAGCACGUGCUGCCUCAAUGUCGAAGAAAUAA